CUCUUAAGCAGUGUGGAAAAAUUAAUUGAUAAUUAAUGCGAGCAUGUAUAAGCGUGUGGUGCGUGAGGUAGCGCGCGCGAGAAUAAAAACAGAGCAGCGCGCUUAUUCUAUAUUUCACAUUUAAUAACUUUAUAUGCCACAGCAGUAGCAGACAUUACUACGUACCGGGCGAUGUCAGUAUUCUUUUCCUGUCGAUAAAUAGCAGUUGUCUACACUACUCGUCUAAGCAAACUACAAUCUUUGUGAAACUAUACGUUAAUAGAAGAAUACACUGCUGAUUCCUAUUAUCGAUUCCAUAUCAAUUUCAAAAAAAUUAUAGAUGUCCAAUAUUUUCCACAGUACUAUUCUGGUGUAUAUAAAGCGUAUGGAAAGUGUGAUGAAAGCGUAACCGAAGUGUGUAUAAAACGUAGAUUGGGACAUCGAAGCGUUAGACACUUGUAUGACGCUUGUACGUCGCUUCAAGAAGCUGCAAGAAGUUUUCUAUUUUUGCCAGGAAAUUCAACAUCUCACGCGUUCUUAUUGAAGAAUUAUUAACAGCGACAGUAAUGAGAUCAAUCAUGGAAAAAAUAUGUGAUAUUUUGUCUCUUGUAAUAGAGAUAUUAUUGCUUAUUUUGAAAAUUUUAUAUUACAUCUGCGAGAAUAUAUACAGAGUAAUCAUUCCAAGAAAGAAGAAAAGCGUAACUGGUGAAAUCGUUUUGAUAACAGGUGCAGGUCAUGGUAUCGGAAAAGAAUUAGCGAUUGGUUAUGCUUUGCUAGGAGCAACAGUGGUAUGUUGGGAUAUCAAUAAAGAAACCAAUAAUGAGACGAUGAGUGAUAUUAAGAAGAUGGGAAUAGACUCUGUUUAUGCGUAUCGAUGCGAUGUAGCAGACAGAGAAGAAGUUUUUAGAAUAGCUGAGAAAGUAAAAAAAGAAGUGGGCGACGUUACUAUAUUGGUCAAUAAUGCCGGUAUAGGGUUUAGUAAAUCAUUUCUAAAUCAUAAUCCCGAUGAAAUUACCCGACUCACAAACAUCAAUUUGUUAGCACAUUAUUGGACGUUGAAAGCAUUUUUACCAAGUAUGAUUGAAAAGAAUUACGGUCACAUUGUGGCACUCUCAUCAAUAGUAGGACUCAUUGGUGCUCCUUAUGGAACGAUUUAUUGUCCUUCAAAAUUUGCAGUCAAAGGAUUAAUGGAAGCUAUUUCUGAGGAAUUACGUACACUGAGUAACGGAAAAUCCUCUAUUAAGUUCACUACAAUUUAUCCUGCUCUAGUGCUUACUGGAAUUGUUAAAAAACCAAAACUUAGGUUUCCAUGGUUUGGAAGUUAUAAACCACGGAAAGUAGCUUCGUUAAUAAUUGAUGCGCAAAGACGAAAUUACGAAAAUAAAAGUCUACCUUGGUUUUGGUUACCAAUAAUGAAGAUAGGAAGAUUAUUACCCGAAAAAGCAAUAAAGUGCAUACUGGAUUUCAUAGAUUCCGGGGUUUAUCCAGAAGAUUAAAAAAUAGAGAAAGAUCGAUAUCAACAUACCACUUUUUUUUAAGACUUCUCAAACAAACAAUAAAAAUAACUUUAGAAAAUAUAAGCUAUAGAAUAUAAAAUGUAAAAGUGCCUUCUAUUAACUGAUACAAUCGUUCCAGAUUUUACCAUAAUUACAUUUUCAUAAGAUAACGAAAAAUAAACGUCUGAUAAAGUAAGCUCUAAAAUCAAUAAUAAUGUUACAGUUUUCUUUUCUUUUUCUUUAAAAUGAGUCAUCCAUAUAAAAAAUAUUUACAAGUUAAUGUAUAUAAGAAUUUUUAAAAACUUUUCAUUUCGAAGACGUUUUUUAUCGAUUUAUAGAAAUACAUUAUGCUAUUUUGCAAAGCGCAGUAUGUAAAGCAACAAUAAGAUUUAGGUUUAAAUUAUUAACUUAACAGAUAAUUAUAGAUAGAUGUAUCUUUUAUUCUUUUCUUUAUUUUUUAUCUUAUAAUCUAUUUUAUUGAUGUGACAAUUUUUACUACACCGUGACUUUAUGUUUAAAUCUGUAUUAUGAGAACAAUAAGAAAGAGAAAAAGAAAACAGUUUCAAAAUGCUACAAAUAUGUAAGUAUAUAUAUUCAAUUAAACAUGAUAAAACAAUAAUAAAUAUUAUUUUAUUAAUAUCAUCUUUACUUAUAUCACAAAAUGAUGUAUAAAUAAAAAUAAGUAUACAAAUGUUUAUUUUAUAAAAAAAUAUAUUUUGUUAUAUAAGAUAUUACAUGAAAA